UUGAUUUUAUACUUAAAAAAAACUAAAAUCUUCGAUCCAUUUUCUUUCUAUUAAAAAUAACUCAUGAACACAAAAAUUUACAAUAUCUUUUAAGUUUCUUUCCCUUUCCUACAUCUCAAGAACAUAGUGUUAGGGUUUAAGGGUUUAAGGGGUAUUACCGGGUGGGAAGACCGAAGAGUAUAUAUGUAGAGGCAAACCCCACCCUUUUUUUUUAUUUCUUUUUAUUUAUGGGCUGUCUCUCAUUUGUUGAAUUGAAUUGAACUAGGGUUGGGGAUUCGAGAUAAUAAAAAUAAAAUGUCAAAGAAAGUAGUUGUUGUGACGAGAGAUGAGUUGUUGGAGCGAUGGAGGGCCAUUGAAGAAGAAGAAGAAGAAGAAGAAGAAGAUGCAUUGGAUCCCUCAAAACACCGCCAUCUCAAAGAAAAAUGGUUCUCAGAUGCAUUCAACUUGUUGAUAAAUCUCCCACCCAGUGGUGUUGGAGAAAACGAAAUCGCCAACCAUAUUUGGUGUGGCUACUCUGAUCUUAUGGGCCCCCUUCUAGAAACAUUUUACAACUACAACCACGAUUCUCCAUCUCCUUUGAAGCUUCUAUGGAAAAGAAUCUCUCAUGAAUUGCAGCAUUGCAUGCAAUGCAUUUGUCAGCAUCAUCAAGCCAAGCAUACGUAUGCCUCCGAGUACGAGCUUACUUCAAUCGGCCCCCUUCUCGAUGUUUUACGCACCCUGGAUGAAGAAAGGGUCACUGAUCAUUUGAAACACCUCAACACACUCAUCUCACUAGGACACUAUGAUCCCCUCAAACACAAUGCACAACUUAUUACCGCCAUCUAUGAGGUUUUGAUGUUUCCUGUCUUGUUGGAUGACCAAUCCUUGGUCACUGAGUUUCAGAAAUUCAUCCAAGCAGUUGAUGAUCUUCACGAACUUACUUUAGCUGACCAUCAACAAUACCCUGGCGUUUAUGCACUACUUUUUCUCAAGAGCAGAAGGUGUCGUUCUAUCGGCUUCCGUUUAGCUGGAAACAUGGGAAAGUUGAGGAAUGCAUUGGACUUGGAUCCUUUGCAACCAUUACUUACGAAGUUCAUUGUCUUUUUAGAGACAGAAGUUGAGUCUCUUCACUAUGAGAGCUCAAGGCCAAGGAUGCAGCUGGAUCGAAUAACUGUAUGGCUUGGAAUCAAGGCAUUGCUUGGGUUUCUAGAGCCUCAUGCUUUUGAAGAAGGGAUCUUGGAGCACUAUCCCAGUUUUCUGAGCAUCGUGCUUAAUCAUAUUUGUGGUGAUUCCCUUGAGUUUUCAUAUGCAAUCAACUGUCUUGGACAACUUUUUGAUAUGCUUGGAUGUAAGCUCUGGUUAAGGGCAACACUAUCACCAAGUGUAAUGCGUGACACAUUGCUGGGUCAGUGUUUCCAUACUCAUGAUGAGAAGAGCCACAAAGAAAUAUUUGAUCUUUUCUCACCUUUUCUUCAGUCUCUUGAAGCUUUGCAAGACGGUGAACACAAAAAACAACGCAGACAUUUUCUUUACUUUCUUCUACAUCAAGUGACUGUUAGUAGUAACUUCAGCACUUUAAUGAGGAAAAAGGCCUGCCAGAUAGCUCUUCUUAUAAUCCACCGAGGUUACAAAAUGAAUCCCUCCUGCCCACCUUUUGAAUGUGCACACAUGUGGGGUCCUUCUCUCGUAGCAUCUCUCAAGGACUCGACCCUGUAUAACUCUUUUAGGCAACCUGCUUUUGAUUUGAUCCAAACUGUUAUAGUCUCUGACGCAUCUGCAUUAGUGUCGGCAAUUCAACACUAUCAACUGCAUAAAGGUGUCGUCAGGAAUAUCAUUGGCCUCAAAGAUGAAGAUACCAGUGAUGACCUAUCUGCGGAUGAUGUCGAAGAUAAUGACACCAGUUGUUGGAACGAGUUUAGCAUGCAGAGUCAAGCUACAUCACUGGAGUUUGGGGGGUGGAUGUGUAUUCCGAUGUUAUGGGUUGAUGUUUUAGUUGAAAUUGAUCCUACAGUCCUACCUGUAUCAUUUUCUAAGGCGGUUUUGUGGGCUUUAUCUCGUUUUUCCAUGAUUGAGCCUGAAACUAGUACAGAGAUGGCUCUUCCAGUUGGACAUUGGUUAACCACACGUGCUCCAGAAAUAUCACAUCUAUUUGGGUGGAGAACACCUUCUGGUUCUGAUGAUGUGAUGGAUGGAGAAGAAUCAAAGAACUCGGUCAAGGUCACAACAAUGUGCAUCCCAUUAAUCAGAACAUUGAGGAGGUUAACAUCCCUUUUUAUUACAAAAAAAAUGGAACAAAGUGAGAUUCGGAAGGAAUGGACUUGGGAACCAAGGAUGGCGGAAAGCUUAAUCCUUUUGCUUGUUGACCCUGAUGAUAAUGCGAGGCAAGUGGGUAGGCGUAUUCUUGAACAAAUAGCCAACACACGAGGCCUUCUUUCUUGCUUGCAGUUUCUGUGUUCAUGCUCUGCAUCAAUAUCAGCAGUCAUUCUGGGGAUGAGACAUGCCCAGAAAUUGCUUCUGUUGGAGUCAGUGCUGCAAAGAUUUCAAUGUGCACAACAUUUCUUUUUUGUACUCUGCAAACUACUUACAGAUGGGGUGCAAUCUGGACAAAGUCAUGACCAUGGUAACUUGAAGUUCUCAUCUCAAGGUGGAUUUCUACAGCAGCCUACAUUUGAUUUCAAGACUAAGAACAUUAAUGGAAACUUGUUAAAGUUUAAUUUCACACAUUGGAACAAGUUUAGUUGUUUAUUAUCGCAAGUUGCAUGGCCAUCUUUUUGCAUAUACUUGUCUGAAGGGAAGGCAUUCAUUGACUAUAAGAUCUCACAGAUGACCUGUGUCCGGAUACUUGAAUGCUUACCUGUAGUUCUCAGAAGGCUUCAGCAAUAUAUGCACAAAUUACCAGAAGAUGGGGACAUUGUGGUAAAGAACUCAGUUAGACACAAAUGGCUUCAUGAUUUGAUGUACUGGGGGAAGUCUAUACAUGCCAUUGUAGUGCGCUAUUGGAAACAAACUGUGCUUUCUUUGCUCGAUCUACUGAAGGAGUCAUGUGAUGACAAAACGUUUGCUAUCUCGGACAUUGAAAGACUUGUUCAGUGUGAAAAAUUUUCGAUUGGUGAACUAACUGAGCAAGUAUCAUCCCUUUUAGUUUCAUUGAAGAAUGAUGGCAACAUAUUAUCUAAUGCAUAUGGAAAAACAAACCUUAAAGCGUCAGCUUUUCCCUUAGGAUUUUCAGAUCUGUGGAUUUUGGAUCCAGCUUCUCGUGCGAAAACAGAGCGAGAGAGUGUGAUAGUUCUUUCAGAUGAUGAGAAUGAUCAAACGGAUGACGUUGUCAAUGGUGGUGUUUCCCAUGGAGGGUCAAGUCAUUCAUCAUCAAAGGGUGAAGCUACGGGUUCACAAUCUGUUAAAAGAGCUUCACAACUUAAUGAAGCUUGGAAAACAUCAUUUGUUGAUGCUAAUACUGUGGGACCAGUGAAUCAGAAUCUGGAGGCAGAGAGUAAUGUGAACAGGGUAAGACGAUCUACUGCGAUCAAAGGGAAAUCUGUACAAGGCACUAUUGAAGAAGAAUCAUCUAAUGAGCAGAAGGAAUCUUUUUUGACGAAAUCAUGUAUAGACAAUCUUAGCUCCAGGAUGGACAAUUCACUUGCAUCCCAGCGUGUAUCUAGUCUGAAGAAUGCAUCUGAUGGUUUAAGGCCUCAGAAGGAAUCUAUCAAAGAAGCUUUGGUAAAUAGUAAGAGGGUCAUCAAGGAGUUGGUAUUUGAUGCUAAAGAUGAUCCAUGGGAAUUUGCUCUGAAAUCUGCACGACAUCAUCAAUCACAUGUGGUAAAACUGAACUCUGGUGGUCCAAAACGGAAAGUUAUUCAACUAAAUUUACCAGUUGAAAACAGGGUUUCUCAGUCGGACCGAUUACGCAGUGGACAUCAAAGGUUUAAUCCUGUAAAGCUAGACGAUUGGUUUAAACCUAUUUUGGAGAUGGAUUAUUUUGUCACUGUAGGUUUAGCAUCAUCAGCUGUAGAGAAGAACCAGACUGCUGGGAAGUUGAAGGAGGUCCCUGUUUGUUUUCAGUCAUCUCAUGAUUAUGUGGCAGUCUUCCGUCCAUUGGUUUUAGAAGAGCUAAAAGCACAACUGCACAAUUCAUAUAUGGAGAUGGCUUCUUCAGAUGAAAUGUCAUGUGGAUGUAUGUCUGUGAUGUCGGUGGAAAGAAUUGAUGAUUUUCAUGUAGUUCGCUGUGUUCAUGAUGGCAGAGACUUGGAAGGUUGUAGGAACUGUGUUGAAAAUGAUCUCAUAUUACUUACAAGACAUCCUUUGCAAAAUUCUUCCCAUGAUGUUCACAUGGUUGGAAAGGUAGAAAGAUGUGAGAAAGACGAUAAAAGAAGAUCCAACAUAUUAAUGAUCAAGUUAUAUCUUCAAAAUGGAUGUUCUCGCUUAAAUCGGGCAAAAAAGCUUCUAAUGGAGCGAAGUAAGUGGUACGUUCAUCGCAUUAUGAGCAUCACUUCCCAACUACGAGAAUUUCAGGCACUGUCGUCAAUACAUAGUAUUCCUCUGCUUCCUGUCAUUUUAAAUCCUAACAACCAUCCUAAAAUACUCAAAUCAAGGAUGGAUCUGAGUAAGUUGUCUCAGCCUUUACAGAAGAUUCUUAAAUCUUCAUUUAAUGACUGUCAACUUCAAGCUAUAAGUAAUAUCACUAGAGCUAUGGACUUGAAAAAUGGUCAUGAUCUAUCCCUUAUACAGGGUCCUCCAGGUACCGGAAAGACCCGGACAAUUGUUGCUAUUGUCAGUGCUUUGCUUUCAUUAAGUGGAAUGAAUGCUGGUAGGACUGAAUAUAAUGAUGUCAUGAGACCCAUUAAUACUUCUUCCAUGAAUAAAGUACGGAUGAGUCAAUCUGCUGCAGUUGCUCGGGCUUGGCAGGAUGCAGCUUUGGCCAAGCAACUAAAGGAUGACGAGGUUCAGAUGUGUAGAGCUAUUGGUAGUCGCAUACGAGGUAGAGUUCUCAUUUGUGCCCAAUCAAACGCUGCAGUUGAUGAAUUGGUAUCCAGGAUUUCUAGUCAUGGCUUAUACAGCAAUGAUGGAUGUGUUUACCAGCCAUAUCUUGUUAGGGUUGGUAAUGCGAAGACAGUUCAUUCAAGCUCUCUACCUGUUUACAUCGACACCCUUGUUGACCAUCGUUUGACAGAAGAGGAGAGGAUGGAUGUUAGUGAUGUCAAGAGUGAUGUAGAUGGGGACUCUUCAAUUGUUCUUCGGUCUAAGCUAGAGAAGCUAGUGGAUCGUAUCAGGUUUCUUGAAGCCAAACGAGCUAAUUUGAGCAAUGGAAAUUCUGGCUUAAAACAAUUUCAUGGAGUAGAUGCUGACAUGGGUGACGACGUGUUGGAACUUUCAGAUGUAGAAAUAGGGGCAAGGCUAAGAGUGCUGUACAAUGACAAGAAAACAAUCUACAUGGAUCUUGCUGCUGUGCAGGCACGAGAGAAGAAAGUUAAUGAGAAAAGGAAAGCAUUAAAACAUAAAUUGCGCAAGUCUAUUCUAAGGGAAGCUGAAAUUGUGAUAACCACUUUGAGCGGUUGUGGUGGAGAUCUCUAUGCGGUGUGCUCUGAAUCUAUGCUAACACAUAAGUUUAGCACAUCAUCUGAGUCUUCAUUGUUUGAUGCUGUUGUAAUUGAUGAAGCUGCCCAGGCUCUAGAACCUGCUUCUUUGAUUCCUCUUCAACUCCUUAAAUCAAAGGGGAGCAAGAUUAUAAUGGUCGGGGAUCCAAAACAGCUUCCUGCAACUGUUCUCUCUGAUGUUGCAAGUAAAUACCUUUAUCAAUGCAGUAUGUUUGAACGUUUACAGAAGGGUGGUCACCCUGUUACCAUGCUUACUAAGCAGUACAGGAUGCACCCAGAGAUAUGCCGGUUUCCUUCUUUGCAUUUUUAUGAUGGAAACUUACUCAACGGUGAUGGGAUGCCUAGCAAAGAAAAAUCAUUUCACAAGACUAAAGGCCUUGGGCCUUAUCUAUUCUUCGAUAUAUUAGAUGGACAAGAACUUCACGCUAAGAACUCCGGGUCUCUCUACAAUGAGUUUGAGGCUGAUGCUGCGGUGGAACUUCUUCAAUUUUUCAGGAAGAGUUAUCCAGCGGAGUUUGUUGGGGGGAAAAUUGGGAUUAUAACGCCUUAUAGAUCUCAACUUUCCCUGCUGCGUUCUCGUUUUUCGGCUGCUUUUGGGUCUUGUAUAAUGGAUGAAAUGGAACUUAAUACUGUUGACGGUUUUCAAGGUCGAGAGGUUGAUAUACUUGUAGUGUCCACAGUUCGGGCAGCAGGAGCAUCCUCUAGAGCACUGGAAUUGAACUCAAGAAGUAUUGGUUUUGUUGCUGAUGUGAGACGAAUGAAUGUAGCAUUGACGAGGGCCAAACAUUCUUUGUGGAUUUUGGGAAAUGUGAGAACAUUGCAGACAAAUAAGAACUGGGGAGCACUUGUUAAUGAUGCCAAGGAAAGGAAUUUAAUUCUAUCUGUUAAAAAGCCAUAUGCUUCCACGUUUAACUCUUUUUUCCAGAGUAAUCUGCUUCGAGAUAGCUCACAUGAUAUUUCAACACAGCUUAAGAAUAAGAAAAAAGGGAAGGAGGUUAACAGACAUGCUGAACAGAGAAAAAGGUUCAAUACUUCUGAAAGUAAAAGAGGGUACCCUGGAGCUCAUAGCAGUGAUAGUUUAUCCCGUGCGUUAGAUGAUGAUAAGGAAAAGAAAAAGGCAAAGAAACAAUAUGAUUCUCUAGUAAAGAACGGUAAUAUGUCUGUAUAUAUUGGAAACAGUGUAAGCCAAACAUUCAAGGAUAUGAAGCCGGCUACUGAUGAAGAUGAUCAUGUUAAAAAAGGCAGUGAAAGGCAAAAGUUGGAUGAAAGUAUAGUCGAAGGUAGGCCUGUAAAUAAACUUAAUCAACAGAAAGAGGGAAGUAGAGCACCCAUUGACCCUAUCAGUAGAAGGAAACAACAAAGGGAGGCUGUAGAUGCUCUUCUUCCUUCAGGUUUCUUAUCCUCCAAGAAGCCCAAUUCUUCGUUGAAAUUUAUCUCAGAUAGCAGCUCUUGUCCAGCUGUCCGUCCUUCUGGUCAUGGACUCAGACCAACAAAGACGAGAAAAGGUUAAAAAAGCUUCCACUUGAAGCCUUGGAGGGUAUGUGACUCAACAAGAAUACACUUACAUAAUAACUGAUAAGGAUCUUUUUGUACAUGAAAUCAGGAGAAAUGCAGCGGUAACUGUCUUUUCCAUGUUCAUGUUUCCUUUUGUAUGUUUUUUUUUGUGUGUGUGUAGUGAGGAUACAGAAGCCAUCGUUGGUAGUGCAUAAGCUGUUAUACUGGUUUUGUUUUAAUCAACCGAAACUUGGUGCA